UUUUAUUUGUUUUUUCGUUAGUGCUUUUGAUAAAAUGGAUUUUACCAAAUUUAUGAAUAAAUUUAAUGAAAUCGAGCGACAAUUGUCGCCUACUUCUGCUUUACGCUUAAGUUUCGACAAUAUUUCACCGGAAACGGAAGAACCCGAAAAUAAACGCCUUUGGGGUGUACCAGUACCACCGUUUGUCUCCGAUAAAGUUGUUUCCUGGAUUGAAGAGGAAUUUACUGAUCCACCUAUAUUUUUUAAUGAUGUUUUAGUAUUGAAGAAAGUCGAAAAUGUUCGCAUGAUUGAUCGUUACAAUACGAAAAAUCCAAUUGUUGGAACUUUAUAUUUGACAGCAACACAUUUAAUAUUUGUUGAACCGGAUAGCAAUAAAGAGACAUGGAUACCACACAUGCAUAUUGCAAACAUUGAAAAGUUACCAUUAACCACCACUGGAUCACCAUUACUGAUACGCUGCAAAACUUUUCUCUCGGUUACUUUUGUCAUACCUAAAGAUUCGGAAUGUCAUGAUGUCUACACAUCCCUAUUAAAACUCUAUCAACCAGUUUCCAUUAAUAAGUUGUAUUGUUUUAAUUAUCAACCCGCCAAAGAUGAUUUUCCCAAAAAUGCUGGCUGGGAAUAUUUCAAGUUGGAAAAUGAAUUUAAACGUAUGCGUGUUCCCAAUGAUACCUGGACUUUGUGUAAUCUGAAUACGAAUUAUGAAUUAUGUGAUACCUAUCCCAGACAAAUCUAUGUACCGCAGGAGGCCAACACCGCUAUGCUAAUUGGUAGUUCACGUUUUCGUUCCAAAGGAAGAUUGCCAGCCUUAACAUAUUUACAUUCCAAUAAGGCUUCCAUUUGUCGUUGCAGUCAGCCGUUGUCGGGUUUUAGUGCACGUUGCUUAGAGGAUGAACAGAUGCUUGAAGCUAUACGCAAAACAAAUCCAAAUACUGACUACAUGUAUGUGGUGGAUACAAGACCCAGAAUAAAUGCUUUAGCUAAUCGUGCUGCUGGCAAAGGUUAUGAAAAUGAGGCAUUUUAUGAGAAUAUUAAAUUCCAUUUUCUGGGUAUUGAAAAUAUUCACACACAAAGAGCCAGCUUGCAAAAGUUAAUCGAAGCUUGCGAACAGAAGACACCAACUAUGAGCGCUUUUUUGAAUGCUUUGGAAUCAUCUGGUUGGCUUAAGCAUAUACGUUCAAUUUUGGAUACAUCAAGUUUCAUUUCAAAUGUUGUUGAUAAAGGCGUAUCAGUGGUUGUACAUUGUUCGGACGGUUGGGAUCGUACAGCACAAGUAUGCUCAUUGGCUUCAUUAAUGCUGGAUCCUUACUAUCGGACCAUUAAAGGUUUUCAGGCUCUUAUUGAGAAAGACUGGUUGGCUUUUGGUCACAAAUUCAGCGAUCGUUGCGGUCAUGUACAAAAUGAUGCUCGCGAAGUAUCACCCAUAUUCACACAAUUUCUCGAUUGCACUUGGCAACUGAUGUCACAACGUACGGAUGCUUUUGAAUUCAAUGAACGUUUUCUGUUAAUACUGCACGAUCAUGUGCACUCGUGUCAGUACGGUACGUUUGUGGGUAAUUGUGAAAAGGAUCGUUUGGACUUGAAAUUGGCCGAAAGAACAUUUUCUCUAUGGGGCCAUAUGGCCAAUCAUAUGAAUGAGUAUAUCAAUCCAUUGUACAAGCCCAAUAUUGAUGAAACGAUUAAGGCUAAUUUGGCACCGCAGUGUAUUAAAUUCUGGCGAGGCAUGUAUAGUCGCUUUGAAAGCGGUGUACAUCCAAGAGAACCUUUAGGCGACUUGCUAUUAGCCAGUAAAGAUCAUACAACCUCUUUAGAAGAUCAUGUUCAGCAUUUAACAAAGCGCAUUGCAAGUUUUAAAAAUUAUAUCUCGAAAUCUGCUAAAAAAUUACAAGAUGCUACUUCUACUAAGUCAACAACCAAAGAACCUACUAAUGCCACAGAUACUAAUGAUAACAAAUAUAAUUACGAUAAAAAGAUGAGUGAAUUAUCCUCAGCCGAUGAUGAUCAUCCUUUAAAACUUUCCGGUGGAGGUGGAGAAAGUGUUAGUGGCAGCGGUGGCGGUGGUAGCGGCAUGUCGUUUGCUAGUUUGUCGCUCUCCGAUGAAGUUGAUCCCAGUACCAUAAAUGAGGAAAUCAAUUCGGUGGCCGUCGAUUGGAAGUCAAUGCGCAACGUAACCGCUUGUUCCUGCUCAACACCAUUCGAUCAGUUUAGCAAGAAAACACAUUGUUGGAAAUGUGGCGAUAUAUUCUGUGAACGUUGCAUCGAUAAGAGCAUAGCCUUGCCUGGACAGGAUAGCGGUAAACCGGUGCCAGUGUGCCGCACAUGUUUUCGUUUGGUACAAAAGAUUAGCCCAUAAAUUCAUGAUGAAACAAAAAUUAUUCGGUCAAACGGAAUUCCUUUAUCGCUUGUUUACUAAGCGUAAAUCUGCUGUGUUAAAUGUAUGGGAUAUGUGACAAUGGAGUUGGUUGUUUUGAUGGCGAGGAUAACGGCGAUGCUAAUGCUUACAAAGAACCCUUACUUACCAUAUAUAUUAAUUAAUAGCGCGUAUCUUUAUGUGUGUGUGUGUGUGAAUGUCUGUGCCUGUGUGAAUGUCUCAAGUGAAAGGAUACUAAAGAAGAAGAAAAUCAAAUAAAUUAUUCAAAUCAAAUCUCAAAAAUAAGUGUGUUUGGAAGAUGCUGCAUGAAUGUUUAUUUUUCUUUAUUGUAUAAAAUCAAUACAAGCUAAUACGAUGCGUCAUAAUUAUUAUAAUAAUAUAUGUAUUAUUAAACAGUUAAAUUAAACAAAUAUAAACAAAUGCAUUUUAAUCUGAAUUAUUAUGAAAAUUUAAUUAUGUAGAACAUGAUCUUAGAAAAAAUUAUUUAAUAUAUCUUAACCAUACCUAUAAUUUUUUUAUGUUCAUAUUUAAAUACACAUAUUUUUAAAUACAGUUUUGUUGUUAUUAUCCCCCUACCCCAUAUAUAUUAUGUAAAAUAUUAAGAAAGUUUGAUGUAUUUUAAUCUCAUUAGUUUAACAAUAUUGAAAACAAAUUAUGUUAUUUUGUAGCACAAAUUAUAAUCUGAAAAUGAAACAAUUAUAUUCCCAAAACAGUCUCGUAUCAAUAAAGUGUUAUUAUUAAAAA